AAAACGCCUGGUAAUCACAAGAUAAGCCCAAUCAACAUCAACGACAUGCAGGAAGAUGAACGGCUCCUGACUGUGGAUAGUUCUAACAUUUGCUUCUUGUGGUAUUACACAGUUGUGUAAGUAAAACACAAUAUAAAGAGACGUUUUUUUCAACUUAAGCCAGACAGAAAGACUUCAUUCCCAUAUUUAAGAACCAUGACAAAAGCAAGUAAGGGGAGCCUCCAGCUCAACUCACCACGACAGAACAGCCAGCACAGCUAAGAGACGCGCCGGAAGGUCAGACCACGUCAGUAACUAGCUCAGAUGUGACUAAAAUAACUCCCAGGAGUCAGCAAAUACUCCAAUGCAAUGAACACAUUUAAUAUAAUAACCACUGAAAACACUGUAGUUAAUAUAGCAUACCGUGCCCCCAUUGCAAACACGCAGAGCAUUCAGCGGACUGUAGACUUCGACAAAGGACUAAGACAAUGGGCCAUGUAGUCUGUAACUACCAGGCCUUUAAAAAAUCUUUGUCAAAUUCAAUUUUAUUUUGUUUUCCUCACUCCCUAGGCAACCCAAGCUGGCCUUGGACUUACAAUUCUCCUGCCUCCACUUCGAGAAUGCUGGGGUUAUCUCCAUCUUAUUUUUCAGAUGUGGGUGUUUGCCUGCAGGUCUGUAUGUGCACCAUGCACAUGCAGGGCCUGUGGAAGCCAGAAGAGGGCGCCCAUUCCCCUGGAGUAAUAGAUGGCUGCAAAUCUCCAAGUGGGUGCAUUAAAGCUGGCCUCUGGUAGAGCAGUUGGUCCUCUUAACCGCUAAGAUCUCUACAAUCCCCAUAUGAUGGAGAUUUUAAGUACAUGUGUUCAUGGGUCAUGAAAGAAGUCAAAUGAAAAUUACAAAGUAUUUGGAACGAAAUAAUGAGGCCCUCCAGGCAUAUAUAGAAGGACAAGGACAAUCCUCCCCAUCCUAACAACAGCUUAGAAGGAGACAUGCACGGGCAGUGACAGUGGACCUUGAACACAGGGAGGGGCCCUCGCAUUUUGUCUUAAGACAAAAACAGAGCAAAACCACACCAAAAUACCAUUCCAAAUGAACAGCACAGGAUGGAGGUGGAAGGAGAGGGGGAAUGAGCUCUCACACAGUGCUGUGCAAGAGCCACGAGCUAAACUGCUGUGCAGUAGCUUGGAAAAUCAGAAUGUGGCGCUAACGAGAAGACUGUGUGUGUGUGUGUGUGUGUGUGUGUGUGUGUGUGUGUGUGUGUGUGUCUGUGUCUCUGUGUCUCUGUGUCUCUGUGUGUGUGUGUCUGUGUGUGUGUGUCUGUGUGUGUGUGUCUCUGUUGUGUGUGUGUGUCUGGUGUGUGUGUGCGUGUGUGUCUGUGUGUGUGUGUGUGUCUGUGUGUCUGUGUGUCUGUGUGUGUGUGUCUGUGUGUGUGUGUGUCUGUGUGUGUGUGUGUCUGUGUGUGUGUCUCUGUUGUGUGCGUGUGUCUCUGUGUGUGUCUGUGUGUGUGCGUGUGUCUGUGUCUGUGAGUGUCUGUGUGUCUGUGUGUGUGUGCCUGUGUGUCUGUGUGUGCAUGUGUGUGUGUGCGUGUGUAUGUCUGUGUGUGUCUGUGUGUGUGUCUGUGUGUGUCUGUGUGUGUGUCUGUGUGUGUGUGUGUCUGUGUGUGUGUGUCUCUGUUGUGUGUGUGUGUCUGUGUGUGUCUCUGUUGUGUGCGUGUGUGUCUGUGUGUGUGCGUGUGUCUGUGUCUGUGAGUGUCUGUGUGUGUGUCUGUGUGUGUGUCUGUGUGUGUAUGUGUCUGUGUGUGUGUCUGUGUGUGUGUGUCUGUGUGUGUCUGUGUGUGUAUGUGUGUGUGUGUGUCUGUGUGUGUCUGUGUCUGUGUGUGUGUCUGUGUGUGUCUGUGUCUGUGUGUGUGUGCCUGUGUGUCUGUGUGUGUGUCUGUGUGUGUGUGUCUGGUGUGUGUGUGUGUCUGUGUGUGUGUGUCUGUGUCUGUGUGUGUGUGUCUGUGUGUGUGUCUGUGUGUGUGUCUCUGUUGUGUGUGUGUCUGUGUGUGUGUGUCUGUGUCUGUGUCUGUGUGUGUGUGCCUGUGUGUGUGUCUGUGUGUGUGCGUGUGUCUGUGUCUGUGAGUGUCUGCGUGUGUGUCUGUGUGUAUAUGUGUCUGUGUGUGUGUCUGUGUGUGUGAGUGUCUGUGUGUGUGUCUGUGUCUGUGUGUGUGUGUCUGUGUGUGUCUGUGUGUGUCUGUGUGUGUCUGUGUCUGUGUGUGUCUGUGUCUGUGUGUGUGUCUGUGUGUGUCUGUGUCUGUGUGUGUGUCUGUGUGUGUCUGUCUGUGUGUGUGUGCCUGUGUGUCUGUGUGUGUGUCUGUGUGUGUGUGUCUGGUGUGUGUGUCUGUGUGUGUGUGUCUGUGUCUGUGUGUGUGUCUGUGUGUGUGUCUGUGUGUGUGUCUCUGUUGUGUGUGUGUCUGUGUGUGUGUCUGUGUCUGUGUCUGUGUGUGUGUGCCUGUGUGUGUGUCUGUGUGUGUGCGUGUGUCUGUGUCUGUGAGUGUCUGCGUGUGUGUCUGUGUGUAUAUGUGUCUGUGUGUGUGUCUGUGUGUGUGUCUGUGUCUGUGUGUGUGUGUCUGUGUCUGUGUGUGUGUCUGUGUGUGUGUGUCUGUGUGUGUCUGUGUGUGUCUGUGUCUGUGUGUGUGUGUGUGUCUGUGUGUGUGUCUGUGUGUGUCUGUGUGUGUGUGUCUGUGUGUGUGUCUGUGUCUGUGUGUGUCUGUGUCUGUGUGUGUGUGUGUGCGCAUGUCUGUGUGUGUGUGUCUGUGUCUGUGUGUGUCUGUGUCUGUGUGUGUGUCUGUGUCUGUGUGUGUGCACAUGUCUGUGUGUCUGUGUGUGUCUGUGUGUCUAUGUGUGUGUCUGUGUGUCUGUCUGUGUGUGUGUGUGUGUGUGUCUGUGUGUGUGUGGUGUGUGUGUGUCUGUGUGUGUGUCUGUGUGUGUCUGUGUGUGUGUGUCUGUGUGUGUGUGUCUGUGUGUGUGUGUGUCUGUGUGUCUGUGUGUGUGUGUGUGUUUUCAGGCUGGGGUGAUCCCUGGAAUCAAGUUUCCUAGUUAGCGUUUUCAACUUGAGCCACCCUAUAGUCAUCCGGCGGGAAAGCAUAACAUUGAUAAACUGCCUAGACCUGAUUGACUGGUUUUUUGCAGGAACAUUAUGAAGCAUGUUUGUAUUAAAAGUAGGAAAGAUGUUAUCUUUGCUGAUUCUAUACAAAGGUUUUCAGAAUUUACAGAAACAGAGGCAAUGACUAGUUGGUUACCUGUAGACUCGUGGGAACUGGAUGAUGGGAAGAAGAAGGAUUUUAUUGUUGUCAUUCUAUUUUAAAUAUAAUUUGCUGGGCCUGAGAGAUGGCUCAGUGGUUAAGAGCACUGACUGCUCUUCCAGAGGUCCUGAGUUCAAUUCCCAGCAACCACAUGGUGGGUUACAACCAUCUGUAAUGGGAUCUGAUGCCCUCUUCUGGUGUGUCUGAUGAUAGUGAUGUGUACUCACAUACAUAAGAUAAAUAAAAUCUUGUUAAAAAAUAUAAAAAAUAAUUUGCUUUUGCCUGUGUAAAUAAAUUAUUCAAGAAAAAAAUAAGAAAACAGAAACCCUGUCUACAAAAAAACCAAAGCAGAACAACCCUCAAAGCCAUCUGUCUCUGUUGAAAUCCCAUAUAUGUGAGAUAUGAGGGAUAAGUUACUGUAAAACAUUGUGGGGUGUGGAGGAAGGCUGCCAUGUCUGUUUACAGAUGGAAAGAUUCCUGAUCACUAGCACAGAACGUUGUCCUCGGUUCCUAAGAUACAGAACUUCAUGGACCUUUGUAUUGUUCCAGUUAUUAAAACUGCAAACACUGCUUUUGACAUUUUAAAAUACAAAAUAAUGAAAACUUUUUUACUUCUUUUUUACACGUAUGCAUACUUUACUUUUAUGAAUCUCCACAUACAUUUCCUCCUCUGGUUCCUGUAGAGGCAACAGAGGACAUUGGAUCCUUUGAAACUGGAGUUAGAGAUAAUCGUGAGCCACAAUGUAGGUGCUGGGAAUUGAACCCAAGUCUCUCUGAACAUCCAGUGCUCUUAACCACUUAAUUCUCCAAUACCAAUAAUGAAAACUUGAGUUAAGAACAUUUUGAGUGAUUUUUGCCCUGACAAUAAAUGAAACUGGAGGAGUUUUAUUCAUAUAUUUUAAUUCUUUGAUAAUUAUAUAUUCAUAUAAUAUAUUUUGUUUGCACUCAAUCCUUUAACUAUUCCAAGAUAUACUCUCUACCCCACCCGCUCCUAACUUAGUUUUUUCUCUCUUUUUUAUAACCCUCGAAGCCCAAUUUGUGCCUCUUCUGUUUUUUUUUUGUUUUUUUU